AUGGUGUCCGCGGGCGCGUCCUCCUCCCUCGGGGGCGGGAAUACGAAUCCUUCCACCACCACCACCACCACCUCCACCACCUCCUCCUCCUCCUCCACCUCCUCCUCCUCCUCCACCUCCACUGACAACGACGACACCCGACCGACUGCUGCCUUGGCUGACUCCCUCUCUCGCUCGUCGAUCAACUCGCCUGCUCGCCCACCGGCAGGGCUGUCGCAGAUGCCCGCUCUCACCAGUGCGGGGGCUCAGAAACGCAGCAGUCCAGAUGAUACGACCGUGCAUCCAACCCGGUCGCUCGACAGGGGUGGUGACGCCCUAGAGGAGCAGCAGCAACAGCCCAAACGUCUACGGCCGCCCAAGCCGGUCGUCAAGCUCCUACCGCAGGACUACGAAUUCGCUGACCCCCGUGACAUUGUCAUGCUCAUCUCGAGCAUGUUGAUGGAGCUGAUUCGCUUCAACGACAAGAUCCCCCUGCACCACGGUCGCCUUACCCGCUUCCACUCGCGCUCACCCCCGCGUAUCUCCGUGCAAGAUUAUCUACAACGUCUCACUACUCACGCGACCCUAUCCCCGCCCAUCCUCUUAAGCAUGGUCUACUACAUCGACCGUCUCUGCGCCUUCUACCCGGCCUUUACCGUCUCCAGUCUCACAAUCCACCGAUUCCUCAUCACCAGUGCCACCGUCGCCAGCAAGGGUCUCAGCGACAGUUUCUGGACCAACAAGACCUACGCCCGCGUCGGCGGUAUCACCGUCGACGAGCUGGCCCUCCUGGAGCUGGAGUUUCUCUUUCGCGUCGAAUGGCGGAUUGUACCGCAACCAGAGGUACUCGUCGACUACUAUCAGAGUCUCGCCGAGCGCUGCGAGGGUUAUGAGAUUCAAUCCAUCGCUGAUAUGGAUGACAGAGCUCUCGAUGCCACCUUUCCACGCGACCCCGCCGUACCUCUCCAGCACGUCCGUCGAUUUGCGAAAUUCGACCGUCUCCCCGAGAAGCUACAGGUGGAGAUUUCAACACAGGAGGAUCAAGAUGCCAGCCUGAACCAGACCAUUUUCGUGCUUAUAUCGUCCCCGUUGCCCGAAAAGGACGCCCUGCAGGCCCUGCUCGCUCCGUUCGCCCCCGUCAGCGGUAGUGGUAGUGGUAGUGGUAGUAGUGGUGGUGGUCCCCCGAUCCGCCUCCUGUCCACCCAGAUCCCGAUACAGCCCCCGUUGAACCCGGCCCAGGCAGAGACAUGGUCCAAGACCUUGUGGCCCGUCACCUUCAACCCGGCUGCGCCUAGGGCGAUGAAUGCCCCCCCCCUGCAGGUUCUCAGCCGGGUACGCAAAUCCAUCCAACAUCGCGCAGGGCAUUACCUCGCCCUCGCGCACCAGGUGGCUCUCGAGGCGGAACAGUCCGGCCUAGGACGUGGGGUGGGUGCUGUAAUUGUUGAUCCGUCGAUUGAGAUCACCACCGGCAAUGAUACCGACGAGACACAGACAGAGAAAGAGACAGAGACAGAGACAGAGACAGCCUGGAUGCAAGCCGUCAUCGCCGUCGCAGGGGACGCACGCUACUCGCGUCAAGAAGGCGGGUUACCCUCCUCCCAAGCCGAACGGUACUCAGAUGGUGGCGGCGGCGGUCCAAACCCAGCCUGCGACACAUACACGGCGGAUCUGGAAGGCGGGCCGGAACUACACGCUCUGAUGCGCGGUGUGGAGAUGGUCGCGCGGAGAAGACGGGAAGGCGAUGCACGCCAUUCGCAUUCAGGACGUCAAGUCGGCGCAGAUCUGAGCCCGCUAGAAUCCUAUUUCCUCUAUCGGGAUGAGGAUCGACCCUUGAAACGACAGAAGCUGGACGAGUCCACGCAACAACAGCAACAACAGGGCGACCACCACCACCACUCGUCCGAUGUGAAUGAAUCGCGCAUCCUCUCCCGCUCGCAGGGCGGCUACCUCUGCACAGACCUGGACGUCUACCUUACCCAUGAGCCGUGUCUGUGUUGCUCAAUGGGGAUGCUCCUGUCGCGCUUCCGGGCAGUUGUCUUUCCGCGGUCGGGGCGGAUGAGCACCGGCGGUCUGGCUUCGGAGAUGUUCUUACAAAAGACACAUGAAGAACAUCACCAACAACAGGAUGAUGAACCCGAGAGUGGUUUGACGGAGGAGCGACAGUAUUACGGGCUCCACUGGCGCAAGGAAUUCAACUGGCGGGCCCUGGGGUUCGAGUACAUUGAUGACAAGCUUCCAGAUUCAACUGGAACAGUUGCAUUCCAUGCAUAG